AAAAAAAGUGGAUGCGAGGGAGUCGCGGCGACGGGAUCCUGAAGUGUUCUGCGAACCUCCCCCAACGGGACCUUCUGGCCUUCCUUUCCCGACGCAGUCGCGCCGAAGAUGUGGAAUAGUGGCUUUGAAAGCUACGGCAGCUCCACCUACGGGGGAGGCGUCAGCUACACUCAGUCCCCGGGCGGCUUCGGAUUGCCGACACCGUCGCAGGCCGAGAAGAACUCAAGAGCCCGAGCCCAGUACAUUGUACCCUGUACCAUAUCUCAACUGCUUUCUGCUACUCUGGUUGAUGAAGUGUUCAAAAUUGGGAAUGUUGAGAUUUCACAGGUCACUAUUGUGGGAAUAAUCAGACAUGCAGAGAAGGCUCCAACCAACAUCGUCUACAAAAUAGAUGACAUGACAGCUGCCCCCAUGGAUGUCCGCCAGUGGGUUGACACAGAUGGCACCGGUGGAGAAAAUACUGUGGUCCCUCCAGAAACGUAUGUGAAGGUGGCUGGCCAUCUGAGAUCCUUUCAGAACAAAAAGAGCCUGGUAGCCUUUAAGAUCAUGCCGCUGGAGGAUAUGAAUGAGUUCACCACGCAUAUCCUGGAAGUGGUCAAUGCACACAUGAUGCUGAGCAAACCCAUCACCCAGCCCUCAACAGGGAGAGCAUCUAUCAGCAAUCCAGGAAUGGGUGAAAUGGGAAACUUCGGUGGGAACAGCCUGAUGCCAGCCAAUGGCCUCACCGUGACCCAAAACCAGGUGCUGAAUUUGAUUAAGGCUUGUCCAAGGCCUGAAGGAUUGAACUUUCAAGAUCUCAAAAACCAGCUGCACCACAUGCCUAUAGCCACGAUCAAGCAAGCCGUGGAUUUUCUUAGCAACGAGGGCCAUAUCUAUUCUACAGUGGAUGAUGACCACUUUAAAUCGACAGAUGCGGAGUAACAGUCUCGGUACUUGAAGUGUUUCCGGCUGGACCUGUCUGCACAGUCCGUGGCUUCUGCUGUGCAUGUUUGGCCAGGUGACUUCUAAGAAGGAAUUUCCCUCCAGAACAGACCUUAGUUGACAUCCCUUUGCAACGCACUGCUCUUCUGGGUUUUGUGUGUGUGUGUGUGUGUGUGUGUUUUGAAGCUGAAAGGAAGAUGAGCAAAUUGACAGAGAUGUAAACCAGGGUGGAAUUUCUUAGAGAAGUUCCAGGUGACCUCUUAGGACAUCCGGCUAGAUGAGACUGGAAGAAAGCUGCUACCCCAAGAGUUGGGCCGUAGCACUCCGAAACUUCUGUUCUUUAAAAAAAAAAAAAUGCUUCCUGUUGAGAAGAGAUAAGCAGGACUAUGGUUUGUGGGCACAGUGCCAACCAAGGGCCCCACUGCCUCUGCCUGGUUUUGUGUCCCGCUCUGGUUCUGUGGUAUAACUUUCAGAACUGUGCUUCUCUCUCUCUCCUUGUCUUGCCUAUCGCGGAAAGCAGGAUUAUGUGAAUGUGAGUCUGUGGGAUGCUGGCCUCACAGGGCAGGAGGGAAGAAGUGUUACUG